CUGUCUUCUGCUCAUUCAAGUCAGAGAAUGAAGGGGCUUUAUUAGGAUUUACGGGGUUGUGAGACUUAUCCUCCUUUCGCCUGCACAUUAAAGAUAACGUGUCUGAAUACAGUUCUCUGCAAUAUCUUAUUUAAGAACCUAAAAUCUUCUUCUCUGUUCAUUCUCUUGCAAGCCCUCCACCCCCUCCUUUUCUUUCUUUAUAAAAGUUUCUGUUCUCUCUCUCUCUCUCUCUCUCUCUCUCUCUCUCUCUUCUUGCUUAAUUAGUACAGUAAUGGAGUCUUCCAAACUCUUUGGAGGAGCAGAAGAGUGUCACAGCAGUGAAUCUGGGUGGACCAUGUAUCUUGGCUCCCACAUACAUGGUGAUGAUGACCUACACAGCUAUGAUGAUGAUGAUGAUGAUGAUGGAGGUAAUGGUAAAAAUUACUAUCAUGAAGAUGAUGACAGUGAUGAUUCUAUGGCUUCUGAUGCUUCUUCUGGUCCAAGUCAUCAAGGCACAGAUUUCAAGCUCCAGAAAGAUGCUGAUGGCAAGUAUCAGACCCAGAGGAAACCUAACAACAAACAAGUGGAGAAGCAGCAGCAAAAAGCUGAAAGAAGGAGAAAGGAGGAGAACAAAGAUCAAGAAGUGGGAUUUAUGGCAAGAAGAGCUUAUAAUAAAAGUGCUCCUGCUCAAAGCAGUUCCAAGGUAAGAAAAAGCAUAAGCUGGAUGGGAAAAGAAAAAUAGCUAGCUGGCUAGCUAGUAUAUAUUGUUCUUCUUAUUUCUACUACUAGUAGCUGUUUUGCAGGAUCUGCAUGUAGCUAGCUAGCUUUGGCUGAAAAUGUAGAAGAAUUAAAAUAGCUAUCUACCUUAUAACUAGGUUAUGUGCUUCCCUAUAUUCUAAAAUGUUGCAGGAGUUGAAUCAAGCAAUUAUAAUCAUCAGAUUACCAUUUUCUUA